AUGAAUAAUAUUAAUAUAGAUAAAAGCAUUCAACAUGUUGAGAAUAUAGUCCAAAAUAAUCAAUGUAGUGUGUGUGCCAAGACAGAUGGUCAGCGAUUGAGAUAUUCCUGUGGACAUACAGCAUGUGAUGACUGUGUGAUUGAUGUCAUAGACUGUAGUAUUUGCCUUACACCACCUCAGGUUUCCUCUCCGCAGCCCAGGCUUGAUAAUGUAUUGACACAGCGAGUGAAGAAUGCAUCAACACUUUUAAGAGAAUGUCAAAAGUUAUUUAAUACGGAUGCAAUCACACGUAAAAGAUUAUCAGAGCAGUUGAGAAUUGAAAAAGAAUUGUUCCCAAAAUGCAUUCAAGCUCCAUUAAAAUAUGAGAACAAAAGAAAAAGCUCAUUUAAUUUGAGUAAAAAUAAAGAAAACUGGGUGUAUUCAUUUUUGCCUGGAGAAGCAAUAUUACAUUUAGACAAAGAUAACACAAUGGAAAAUUCUUUCAAAUAUGUCCAGCAGUGGCUCAAUAAAAAUGAUAAUGAUUUUGUGAGGAAACCAUUUAGAGAUUUAAAUGUUAACACACAUUUGAAUCAUAAUGUAAAGCAUUCCAGCAACCAAUAUGAGACACAAAAUAAUUUUAAUAAAAUUUUAUUAGUUUCUAAAACAAACAGAAAAAGAACUCAUUAUAAAACCACUGUAAGCAACCAAUCUUUUAGAAGUCCAAAAAGAAAAUCUGUUAUGUAUCAAGAUACAAGUUCUAAGAAAAUUAAAAUAGAACAACCAACACCUACAACAAGUUUGAGGCAUGAACCAAAACAUGAUAAUGAUGAAAGUGGUAUAUUUAUGGAUAAUGAUCCUAUUGUAAUAGAUGAUUCACAAGAAACAGCUAUUGACAAAGAUAGAAAUGCAUGGCUUGCUGUGCUUGAAGCCAAUGAACAUGAACAAAAUGAAUCUACCUCAGUAGUACACUUAGAUUGUAGUGAUCCUCAAUAUAUCCCAAAAGAGAUUGCAAACAGGUCUGAAGGGAAACAAAGCAGAAGAAACCAAAAUGUACCUUUCUAUAAAAAAAGCUAUAUUACAGAAACAUGUACACUUUGUAAUGUUGAUAAAAAGACAACAGCACAACCAGAAGAUGUAAAAAUAACCAUUGAUAAUCCUGAUUUCACAACUACAAUAAAGAUUUUGAAUUGUGCUGAAAAUGGCUGUAAGCUGAAAACAAAGAAUUCGGUUUCAGUUCAAACUGAUAUUUUUGAAGUGUUCAAUGGUAAUGAUUCUGCAGUAGCAAAUUUGAAUGACACAAAUGAUAAUAUUGAAGAUGUUGCACAAAAAUCUGAUACACAAAGUGAAGAUUUAUUUGGAGAUGAAGAAAAACAUAAUGAAAAUGAUAGACCAAGUCAUGAUUAUAAGUGCUUAGUAAUUGCCGAAUCUGAUAGUGAUAUGGAAUUAGAGAGAAGUGGCCCAUUGCCAGUUAAAGUUGAUGUCCAUAGAUCUUGUGAUGAAACGGAUUAUGGAAUUCUAAGUGAAAUUGAAAACAUUCAGGAGCAUACCAGCAGGUCAAGGCGUGGUCCACGAGGGCUCACACCGACUAGCACUGACUCUUCAGAGAAAGAAAAUUUUAAUCCCAACAGAUUGAAAACACAAACAAACAAAAAGAAAAAAUAUUCAAAAAAAUUAUGA